AUGGCGAGCGCAGAGGAGUUUAUUUACUAUUGCCACAUAUGCAGCAGCGAGCGGUCAGAUGCUCAAAUUACACCGUCUUCUACCGGUGACAUAUGCUGUUUGGUUUGCAACAAUGAGGGUUUCGUCGAGAAGAUUACGUCCCAUCGUCGUCCGAGGUCUGCUGCUAGUUUCCGAGGAUUUGAAAGGAUGUCGUCUGGUAGAGGGUUUCAGUUCUCAUCCGCUAAUCGGUCAUACGAUGACGCUGCUGACCUGUUUUCUGCUGCGUUAGGAAUGCCGCUAACCAACUUUAUCCAGGGGGUCUUUCAAAAUGCGCUGGGUCCGAUGCGCCAGGGCUCUAGUUUUACAAUCCGCAGCAACAUGGGCGGUGGCAGUACCUCUGUUUUAACGUCAAACUUUGGUGAUAGCAGGGCCGCAACUACGCCCGAAGGUGAGGGUAGUGCAGGUGGGUCUGAGCAAACAGUUGCCGAUGCACCACUGGAGCUCUUCCGAAGCAUGCUACAAAGUCCUUUUGACACGCAGACAAUGAACCAGAUUUUGUAUUAUGUGAUGGAGAACGAUCCCAACCGCCAGGGUUCCCCGCCUGCGGCAAAGCGGAUCCUUGAAACGUUAGACACCGACACUCUUGACGAGGAGCAGGCAAAGAAGCUGGAGACAUGCGCAAUCUGCACUGAGGACUUUUCUGCAGGUGAUAAGAUUCAUUGGCUUAGCAAGGAUCGCACUGUCUGUGGCCAUGGCUUCCAUGUCGAUUGUAUUGUGCCUUGGCUAAAGCAGCACAAUUCGUGUCCCGUAUGCCGCUACGAACUGCCUACAGAUGACGCGAAUUACAACCAACAGCGCGAAGAUCUCCGUUCGCGCUUAGUAGAAGAGGUGCAGAGGCACGUCCAGUCAACGUCCCAACCCAAUAGCGGCCGCCAGUCAUCAGUCGACGAAAGUGCACCUAAUGACUCCGCGACACAGGGACGGCGCCCACCGUACACAGGUGGACGCAUCAUACAGGACCAUAACUGCCGUGUGCAGUGA